AUGGUCCUCCACAACGUUACGCCCACAACACUUGCGACGGCAUGUGCAGCAAGGAUCCUCUUUGCGCUGGACCUCGUAAGGUUUGGAGAAGACCUGGACGGUAAAGAUGUUCUGGAGUCUGUAGCGGCCCACGCCACGGUCUUGUCCACGACCCUCUUCCGACUCUAUCGAGCUAUUGGAGGAGACGCUAUUGGUUAUAUCAAUCGACAAAUCGGGGCGUCGAAGUACACGAUGGAUCUCGUCCUAGGCGGCAUCGCGACCAUCAUCAUCCCCAUGCCUAUGUCCUACCAGUAUGUCUCGGCUAUUACAGCGGCCGAUAACGGCAUGGCGGGCACGCCCGCUCCGGGGGUCAUGACCGAAGGGCCGCUGCCCGUAGCUGGCGUGCACGUUGACGAUGGGCGAGAUAUACAGUACAACUACACUAUCCUGUCAGAUAAUACUCCCAGUAUCUGGAACUGUUAUGCCAACGAUGAUCUGCAGGUCCGCCUGGCUCCCCGAUCGGGGAUGGAGGACUACUGUUACGUGGCCGUGAAGAACCGCGGUAUCGGACCUGCACACAAUCUGAAAGUGACUCUGUAUGAAUCGAACAAUCCCACGCUCACCCUGUGGCGGGAGCACCUUCAAGCGCGGGAAACUCUGAGGCUCUACGGUUCUCUUAGUGAGAACAAGCAGCAACAACGCUUCCUCGGACCGUUUUCUUGGGUCGCAGAUACCAAUCGAUCAUUUGAUAUGGUUUGUGUAUUGGCUGUCAUCAACGUCGACGAAAACACUGAACUGGACGUGCCUGCGCCACGGGACCUAUCGACCGAGAUCAUCUAG